UUAUCCUCAGACUCCUCCUCAGAUUAUCCUCAAACUCCUCAGACUACUCCUCAAACUCCUCAAAUUAUCCUCAGACAACUCUUGAAACUACUCCUCAGACAACUCCUCAGAUUAUCCUCAAACUCCUCAGACUACUCCUCGGACUACUCCUCAAACUCCUCCUCAGAUUAUCCUCAAACUCCUCAGACUACUCCUCGGUCUAAUCCUCAGACUCCUCCUCAGAUUAUCCUCAAACUACUCAGAUUAUCCUCAGACUCCUCCUCAGAUUAUCCUCAAACUCCUCAGACUACUCCUCAAACUCCUCAAAUUAUCCUCAGACAACUCUUGAAACUACUCCUCAGACAACUCCUCAGAUUAUCCUCAAAUUCCUCAGAUUAUCCUCAAACUCCUCAGACUACUCCUCAGACUACUCCUCAAACUACUCCUCAGACUACUCCUCAAACUACUCCUCAGACUACUCCUCAACCUCCUCAGAUUAUCCUCAAACUCCUCAGACUACUCCUCAAACUCCUCAGACUACUCCUCAGACUACUCCUCAAACCCCUCAAAUUAUCCACAGACUACUCCUCAAACUACUCCUCAAACUCCUCAGAUUAUCAUCAAACUCCUCAAACUACUCCUCGGUCUAAUCCUCAGACUCCUCCUCAGAUUAUCCUCAGAUUAUCACUUUACAUAUAUAUAUCGAUAACUAAAUAA